CGCUCUAAGCUGCGAGCGCUCAUCUCUCCUCUCCACCACCGGCGCGUCUCUCCGUCUUCGCAUGAAAACUUUUGAAGGGUGAGGGGCGAAAUGUGAAAGAAAAAAACGUUUAGAAAAAAACACCAAAGAGAAGAAAAGCGGGAAAGAAAAGACAGAUCAAGUCCGAAAAAAGCGGUGGAGCCGGGAGAAAGAGGGAGCUAUGCCAUCUCCCGCCGAGCUGAGCCCUGUCCUCCUCAGUUGCGUGUCGGAUCUACAGCAUGGUGUCUCUUUCUGGACUCUGGAGCCGCUGCCUCGCCCCGGGGAGAACCCGUCUCCUUUUCAUCUCUGUCAGAGUGCUUCUGUUGAUGCUUCUCCUCCUGUUAACCCCAUUUUCCUCAGCCGAGACCUGCUUCCCUCACCCGGCGCCCUGCCACAUCCUGGCGCGGAUCGGACACACUGUGCGCCUCGGUGCGCUCCUGCCGACCCGCCAGCCGGCACGGAUACAAAACGCGCUCAACCGCGCCCUGGCGAGUAUCCGGCACCAGAGCGCCGGGACGGACUCUACCACAGCGUCCUCCCAGCCGGCCCCUCUGCUGCCCUACAACCUGACCCUGGAGAUGGUGGCGCGAUCACCGGCGGGAUGGGACCCGGAGUCGCUGUCCCACAGCGCCUGUCAGGACCUUGUGAUCAGAGGUGUGACAGCCGUGCUCGCUUUUCCACGCUCUAGAGAGGAGCUGAUCCAGGUGGAGUUCCUCUCAUCUUUCCUGGAGAUCCCCUUCGUUUCCAUUUUAGAGGACACAGAGCCCCUUGUGACUAAGAAUCAGUAUCACCUGCAAAUGUCGGCCCGGGUGCCUCCAUCAAUCCUGGGCAGCUUGCUGCUGGCAGUCCUGCAGAGCGGAGAUGGGGACAGGGACAGAGGGAACCGAGGAGAAGGCAGGUGGGGAGGAGCAGCUGUGAUCUGCCCCGGAUGGGAUGAAGGCAGCGACGGCUUGCUGACUCACCUGCAGAGCCACAGUGGCCCUGCUUGGCAUUUGUGGGACAUCAUCAACCUGACUCGCAUCACAGGCGGCAGAGACAGUAGGGGGGAGGCCAGCGAGCAGAAGAGGGAGGAUCAAAUGGAAGAAGAGGCUUUGAACAUCAUCUCUUCCAGCUUCCUGCGCUCCCCCUCGCCAAUCUCCUCCGUGCUCCUCAUGGGAUCUGACCCGGAGUGUCUCUCAUCUGUCCUGCGGGCCGCUCAGCGGCUUGCGCCAUCACUUCCAGCUCUGCAGUGGAUCAUGGGAUAUCCUUUGUCCCCUGACUCACUGCACACUCUGGGAGGUCCCCUUGGACUGUUGGCCUAUGGGGAGGUUGGACGCAAACCGAUAAGCUUCUACAUACGGGAUGCUUUACAGCUGAUUGGUCGUGCGGUCACCGCUGCCACCUUGGUAAAGCCGGAGUUAGCUCUGGUUCAGAACUUGGUCAACUGCUACGACAAACCAAACAGGCAUGAACUACCAUCUUCUGGGCAGUAUCUUUCCAGGUUUUUGUCCAACAUUUCCUUCACUGGCUCCACGGGACUGAUCCAAGUGGAUGCUUACGUUUCUCGAGUCCUCUCCUCACAACUGUUCCACGUGUGGAGUCUUAAAAGAGGAGCGCUGGGUCAGCCAGCUUGGGUUACCGUAGGACAAUGGACCCGAGGUCGACUGGAGCUGGAGGGGGGCAUUUUGGGCCUGGUGGGAGGGCUCGGUAACAGCCAGGGACAAGGCCUCGGAGCUGGAGUGAGAGGAGGGGAUGGCCAGGGGGACGGCUAUUUUGGAGGACGCUGGAGGCCAGGACUUUCCGUCGAGGGACACCGUCUCCGUGUGGUGACGCUGGUGGAACACCCAUUUGUCUUCACACGGGAGGUGGAUGAAGACGGUUUGUGUCCGGCAGGUCAGCUCUGUCUGGAUCCCAAAACCAAUCGAUCCGACAUAAUCAACGGCCUCUUCAACCAGCUCCACAACCCUAACUCUACAGUAACGGACUGGGAAGGAAUAGACUUAUCGGGGGACCUCAGAAAAUGCUGCUAUGGGUACUGCAUUGACUUAUUGGAGAAACUGGCAGAAGACAUGGGAUUUACCUUUGACCUUUACAUUGUGGGAGAUGGGAAAUACGGUGCACUGAGCGGGACGGGACGCUGGACCGGCCUUGUGGGGGACCUCCGGAAUGGAACAGCAGACAUGGCCGUCACCUCUUUCUCCAUCAACUCUGCCAGGAGCAGAGUCAUUGAUUUCACCUCUCCCUUUUACUCCACCAGUCUGGGCAUUCUGGUUCGUAGCCGGGACACGGCAGCGCCUAUCGGAGCCUUCAUGUGGCCGCUCCACUGGUCCAUGUGGGUGGGCAUUUUUGUCACGUUGCACCUCACAGCGCUCUUCCUCACCUUGUAUGAGUGGAACAGCCCGUUCGGCAUGACUCCCCAUGGCAGGAACAGGCUGCGUGUGUUCUCCUACUCAUCUGCCCUCAAUCUCUGCUACGCAAUACUCUUCGGACGCACUGUUGCCACCAAGACUCCUAAAUGCUGGACGGGACGCUUUUUGAUGAACCUUUGGGCUAUUUUCUGCUUACUGGUGCUGUCCAGCUACACAGCCAACCUUGCUGCAGUAAUGGUUGGAGAGAAAACUUUCGAACAGGUUUCAGGAAUUCACGAUGAAAAGGUAAGAUGACGCGCAAGAAUGCAAGCUUAUAUCUAC